UUUCAUUCUAAUCUACUGAUUUAAUAUGGUUAAGUAGAAAACACGUAAGUAGAAUUGAUGGAUUCCAUUAGCUUGUGCGUUUAAUUCCACUUCCAGAUAGAAAAUUGGAGAUGCUUGUUAUAAGUUAAGCUUGGUAAUUACAACAUUAAAACAAUGGAAGUAACUUCUUCAAAUUUUCAAGAGGUCCUGGCAGAAUUGGAUGACAUUUUAAAAAAUGCCUCUUUCCUUGGAAUUGAUGGAGAAUUCACAGGACUUAAUUCAGGACCUGAUGCUGGUGCCUUUGAUACACCUGCUCAAUAUUAUGCAAAAUUGAGAGCAGGUUCAAUGGACUUUCUUCUUAUACAAUUUGGCCUUUCUGUAUUUACAUUUAAUAAGGAAACAAAUAAGUACAAUCAGCGCUCAUACAACUUUUACGUUUUUCCGCGGCCGCUAAAUCGCGCAGCGCCUGAUUGCAGAUUUAUGUGUCAAACCUCAUGUAUGUCGUUUUUGGCUAGUCAAGGAUUUGAUUUUAACAAACUUUUCAAACUGGGUAUUCCUUAUCUAACUGUAACCGAAGAAGAAAAGUUAACAAAACGUUUAGAAGAAAAGCAAAAGAUAAAGGAUGAAACACCAGAAUUAAUACCUAUUUCAGAUGAUGAUAGACCUCAAAUUGAGGAUAUUUGUUCAAGGAUAGAAGAGUUUAUUACUUCUGAAACUGAAGAAUUGUUAAUAGAGAAGUGUAACGCUUACAUUAGACGGUUAGUGCAUCAAGAAGUAAGGAUAAGGUGGCCAAAUAAAUUGAAAGUUGAAAGUAGAAUGGAUAAUUUUGGGUGCAGUCUUGCAAUACAAAGAUUAGGAACCAAAGAAGAAGAGGAACAGAAGGACACUCUGAAAAGAGAAAAGGAAAAGUUAGAGAUUAAGCAAGCUGUUGGAUUAAGUAUACUUAUGAGGAAAAUCGCAGACUGUGGAAAGUUAAUAGUUGGUCACAACAUGUUGUUAGAUCUCUGUCAUAUAGUCCAUCAAUUUUUCGGACAUUUACCGGAAAGUUAUUUGGAAUUUAAGACGCUUCUUCAUAGUUUGUUCCCUAAGAUCUUGGACACAAAAAUAAUUUGUCAUUCGCCACAAUUUAGGGAACACGUACCAUUGUCGAAUCUAAAUGUAUUACUAGAAACAAUCAGUAAAUCCCCAUUUAAAAUGCCAGAAGUAGAAUCCGUCGAUGGUAGAAGUUAUUCGACAUUAGUGGAAAAAUGUCACGAGGCAGGUUAUGAUGCAUAUAUUACUGGAAUAUGUUUUAUAGCACUAUCGGAUUACUUAGGCACUUUACAAACACCUGAAGUUUCGGUAGUUCUAUCGGAUUCGCCUUUGCUUAACCCGUUCUUAAACAAACUCAUUAUAGCAAGAUUAAAAGAUAUUCCAUAUAUAAAUCUUAUUGGAGACGAUCCAAAUCCUAGCAGAGAUCAUGUGUUUCAUUUAACAUUCCCAAAAGACUGGAAACUCAAUGACAUAUGCCAGCUAUUUAGUCCAUUUGGAGGCGUAUACGUGUCGUGGUUAUCCGACACGACAGCAUACGUAGGACUAAAUCGUCGCGAACAAGUUAAUGCGGUAGUGAAAAAUCUCUGUAAAACAAGUGCAUAUACGAUACAAAGGUACGCCGAAUACCAAUCAUCUUUAGACGUGAACAUUAGUACAGGAGAACGAAAAAGAAAAUUAUCUUCAUUUGAUGCUCCCUGGUUGUCUGGAAUCAUAAAAAUCUGUUUGGAACCUAAAGUGUUUAGGAGAACAAUGGAUUGCUGUGAAUGCCGUGGCAAUGAGACUGCCGUUCCGAGAAAAUGUGCUUAAACUUCUUCAAACGAUGAGAAGACUCAUUACUACUCGUCUUUGACGAUGUUAUUCGGAAUAUACUGAAUGGGUUACCUAAUAUUACGAGUUUUGUAAAUAUUAUUGUUUAUAGAGAAAAAUGAAUUAACAUAAAGUGUAUUAUUUUAAGGAGGAUAUACCGUGGAUCAAACGAGACUUUUUUACUUAUAGACUGGCUUCAAAUCUUUGAAGCUGAAUAUUGGUUUCUCAAAUGAGAACAUGCGUUUUUUUAGAACAAAAUUUUUUUAUAUUUUUUAUCUGGGUAUAAUCAUCUCGGUUUUUAAAUUUCAUUUUAUUGACCCAUCUUAUGUCUUCCUUAAAACCAUACUACUUUAACUUAUGAUUUUCUACACGUAAUAAUAUUGAAAUGAAGGUGAUAAUAUUAGGUGACCCAAUUUGUAUAAUGUACCUUACAUUUCGGAAACGUCCCCGAAAAAUCCAGAUCUUAAUCCAAUUGAGCAUUUAUGGGCAGAAAUUAGGAAGACUAUGCCCAUGCUUACAACAUUUUAUUGAAUGUUAACUUUAUUUUUACAGUAACGAUACUUAAGUGUUACUACUGGAAUAAAAUAAUUUUAGAAUUAACAAUGUGAUUUUACUUUGUUAAAAUAAUAAAUAUUUGAAUGCAUUCGAA